UUGGCGCCUGCCGUGGGCGCAUUCUGACCCGGGCUGUAUCUCUCUCGGGAGACUGUUCCAAUGGUUGGGGCAGAGUGAGGUCGUUGCCUUGACGACGGCAGCAUGCGGCCCGCGGUCCUCCCGAGUGCGCGCCUGCGGCAGGCCGAGGCCGCUCUGCCUCCCCGCCCGCUUCGCCUCCGACCCGCGACUGUGUCCCCAGAAGAACCCCAACCAGCUCCGGAACUGCCGGUUUGCUAGUCAGCAUCUUGUAGACCUGGGAGCGAGAUGCAUUUCACCCCAAAUUUGUUUCCAAGUUGGAAACCUCUGGGUCUUUCCAUGUGAAAGGAUUUUAAAGAAACGCAAGAAGAAUUCCUACCGGUUUUGAAUUAAAAUGGAAAAAUAUGAGAACCUAGGAUUGGUUGGAGAAGGGAGCUAUGGAAUGGUGAUGAAGUGUAGGAAUAAAGACAGUGGAAGAAUUGUGGCCAUCAAGAAGUUCUUAGAAAGUGAUGAUGACAAAAUGGUUAAAAAAAUUGCUAUGCGAGAAAUCAAAUUACUAAAGCAACUGAGGCAUGAAAAUCUGGUGAAUUUGUUGGAAGUGUGUAAGAAAAAAAAACGAUGGUACCUCGUCUUUGAAUUUGUUGACCAUACAAUUCUUGAUGACUUGGAGCUCUUUCCUAAUGGUCUAGACUACCAACUGGUUCAAAAGUAUUUGUUUCAGAUUAUUAAUGGAAUUGGAUUUUGUCACAGUCACAAUAUCAUACACAGAGAUAUAAAGCCAGAGAAUAUAUUAGUCUCACAGUCUGGCGUUGUCAAAUUAUGUGAUUUUGGAUUUGCGCGAACAUUGGCAGCCCCUGGGGAAGUUUAUACUGAUUAUGUGGCGACCCGAUGGUACAGAGCUCCAGAACUAUUGGUCGGUGAUGUCAAGUAUGGCAAGGCUGUUGAUGUAUGGGCCAUUGGUUGUCUGGUAACAGAAAUGCUCAUGGGCGAACCCCUUUUUCCUGGAGAUUCUGAUAUUGACCAGCUAUAUCAUAUUAUGGUGUGUUUAGGUAAUCUCAUUCCAAGACAUCAGGAGCUGUUUUAUAAAAAUCCCGUGUUUGCAGGAGUAAGGUUGCCAGAAAUCAAGGAAACAGAACCUCUUGAAAGACGUUAUCCCAAACUCUCUGAAGUUGUGAUAGAUUUAGCAAAGAAAUGCUUACAUAUUGACCCAGACAAAAGACCCUUCUGUGCUGAACUCCUCCAUCAUGAUUUCUUUCAUAAGGAUGGAUUUGCCGAGAGAUUUUCUCAAGAGCUACAGUUAAAAGUACAGAAAGAUGCCAGAAAUAUUUCUUUAUCUAAAAAAUCUCAGAACAGAAAGAAGGAAAAGGAAAAGGAUGAUUUCUUCGGUGAAGAGAGAAAAACACUUGUGGUACAGGAUACCAAUGCUGAUCCCAAAAUCAAAGAUUCUAAGGUAUUUAAAAUAAAAGGGUCAAAAAUGGAUGGAGAAAAAGUUGAAAAAGUCAGUCGAACUUCCAAUGUCAGCUGUCUCCCCGACAAUGGGAUGAGCCACGUCAGAACCGUGCCUUCAACAAGCCUCCGAGACUGCAGCAACGGCGGUGGGGAUCACACUAGAAAUCCGGGCGUGGCAAUCCCUCCCAUUGCCCACAAUCCUUCUGCAGUGGCUCCGGGUAUUAAUUCUGGAAUGGUGACGAUCCCGGGAGUUCAGAGUUACAGAGUGGAUGAAAAAACCAAGAAGUAUUGUAUCCCAUUUGUUAAACCAAAUAAACAUUCUCCGUCAGGCAUUUAUAAUAUUAAUGUGACCACAUCCGUCACUAGUGAAAAGAGCCUACUUCAGGCAAAUAAGAAAAGAAGGGAGUACUCCAAGACAGAUGUCCGUUUGCCUGAACUAAACUACAGUCAUCUCCCUGAACUAAGAGCCUUGGAAGGCAUAGCUCGAAAUUCCAGAUUAAUAAGGAAAGAGAACAAGAAUCUCUCAGAAUCUCGAAUUCCUUCUCUGGCCACUAUUGACUUACAUACACCCAGUGCCGCAUUACAUCAGGUAUCAGGAUCUCCCCCGUCAGAUGACUUGGCGGCUGAUUUGCCUCGAAUGGAACACCAGCACUGAGAGCUGUUUUGGUUCUGAACUGGAUGCUGCUCUAGCCCUUGAGAUGACAUCCUCUUGCAACAGAAGUGCUGAUAUCCUACAAAGAGAGAUUCGUGGUUUUGUCCUUUACUUCUAAACUGCCUGCAUUUUCUGAGAAAGGCCUUGCAGAAGAAAAGAAAAAAGACUUCCAAGUGUUUCCAAGGAAGAUUGAAUAAGUGUGCCUCCCUGACUGCUAUCCUGUCACCUUUCAAGGUCUCUGUUGCUAUUUCAGGAUAUAUCCAAUGGAAGAAUAGUGAUAUGGUUCUUGUUACAUGAAUGUGUAUUUACUGUUAGUAAAUUGUGCAUUUAAAAUUACCCAAGAGUAAAAAAAAAAAAAAAGUUUAAAAAGAGAGAAAGAAUCAUUAUAAUGGUCAUGUUAUAUGAACUUUCUGUGUUAUCUAUAUAAAUGUGUACAUUUAUUUAGGAAUGGGUUUGGUGGAGGUAAGUGAUUAAAAACUAGGAUCAGUUGAAGAAAUGAAAAAAUUAGGAUCCGUAAAAGAAAAUGUUUCCUUUACCCUAAUUUAACUGUAAAUACACAUUUAAAAAGCUUGCUUGUUUCUAGGCUUUAAGGAGAUAUGUAAUUGCUCUCUGUGGAUAGGCGUCUGUCUUUGGUUUCUGUGAUUAUUGUUGAUGUUUGAUCAUUAUGUUAUGGGAAUCUGGCCUCUCUGCUGAUCUUUUAAGAACAACACUACUGCAAAUGUCUCAAGGAAACUUUUUAUGUCUAAUGAUUUAGUAUGACCUGACUUUAGAUAAUCCUCUGUAUUUUAAGACUGUGGUGCCAGGGUUCCUGUGUGCAGGAACAGGACUGAAGAAAGAACGGUGAAGGAGAAUUUUGUAGGUAUACCUUCAAGUUGAGGACUGUGCACGUCAUUGAGAAAGGAAGUAUAUGCGUGCAAA